AUGGUCACGACACGCGGAGGCGUGGAGACGCCAGGCACAUGGACGCCCAAGAGCUCCAACAAGAAGCGAGCCGGAAAGCGCGAACUCGCAGCACUCGAGGUGGUGGAGACGCCCACACAGGCCAAGCGACAGAAAAAGGGUGCGCAGGAAUCAUCUGAAGACAGCUCGGACACCUUCACUGUCACUGUAGCGCCAACCCCCAGCACGCAAGACGCCGGUCAGACAGCAGCGGAAAAGGGAAAGCUAGCCAUUCGCCGUCGGUCGAGUCCCCAAGUUGUCGUUGUCGAGAAGCUCUCCCCACCCGCUUCCACGGCAACGGAAAGCUUUGAACAGGCCACAGAAGACGAUGCGCCCAGAUCUACACAAAAAAGCGAUUUUGAUACACCGAGGUUGCGAUCAGGCACUGCGCAUGGCAUACCUGUCACCACCAGCAAGGCAUCUCGAGAAUCGCCAACACCAAAGGCAGGGGCAGUCAAGACCGUCACUCCAGCAUCGGCCAAGAAGCAACGAGGAAGGCCUAGAAAGGCGCAAACGGAGACUGACGGCCAUUCCAUUGAGCUCACACAAACCACCACCACAGCGGUCGACGAAAUACCGUCUUCUACAUUCGAAAGCGAACAAGCUCCCAUACCCUCCCAAGAUGCUUUAGUACCAUCGCCCAGGCCCACGAAGGCUCACAAGCGAUUUGGCAGCGAGGAGCCAAUCGACACGGUCGUCGUCGACACAAAAUCAGCUGAGCCUGGGCAUCAAGACCAAAAAGACGAUGACGACGACUCGGCCAGCGACUCUGACGAAGCCCCCGAACUGGUUACGACCGCUGCUGCAACGUCCAAGGCUCAAGCCGCCCAGGCAGAAGCCUCGCGCGCUCUCGUCGCCCAACAAGAAAAAGAAGCUGCCAAACGAAAAGCGCGUGAAGAGCUCGUGGCUGCCCAGCAAGCUGCCAAACGUGAGCGCGAGGAGAAGAAGGCGAAGAGGUUGGCCCGACAGCAGGCCAAGGAGGCUGCAACAUCGGCCCCUGAAAGCCAGCAAGAAGAGCAAGACUCAGUGAAUUUUGACAUUACUAGAAAAGGACUGCCAGCACUCCUCCCUGAUUCUCUCCUCUCCACCUUGUCCGAUCAGCGCGCACCCACACCGCCUCCCACACGCGGCGGAAAGAGCGAAGAAGAGUUGCGGAGAGAAAAGUUGAAGCACCACAUCAAGUUUCUCGAGAGGACGGAAAAGCCGAUCAAAGAGAUGAAGAAAGGAAAGUUGAGCGUAGCUGUGUUGGCCCAACACAACAAGGUGCUGCCACCCAAGAAGAAUAAGGAUACGAGCAACGUCAGGGAGCACUGGUUGAAAAGCCGAGGAUUGGAGAAGAAGAAGGGGGCCAAACAAAAGUUCAAGACUGGCAAGGUCGAGAGGAGGAGGGUUGGUAAUGGGGGAUUCUUGAAAAACGGGGAUUAG